AUGGAGCCUAACCGGCAAGGAGAGGCUUCUGAGCCUCGUCGCUGUCACCUCGCUUGCCGAGCGUGGAGUGGUCUGAAGCAGGACAAGCUGUCGACUUGGAUGGCACAGGAAAAUCUCCCCUUUCUUCGGCUCGACAAGAAACAUCAAGCGGCUUGGGCCUUCAUCGACUUCUCUUCCAAAGAGCAGGAAGACGCCUUUACGGCCCAGCUGGCGAAUGUUUUCUUCAAAGGCGAGAGAAUCCACGUCCACCCUGCGCACCCGCGUCCUUUCUCUUCGCCGUCGCUCCUCGGCGCCGCACUGUCUCCGGGAGGCCCGCCCCACACGUCUCCGCUCCCCACCCCGGUCGCAGGCGCCCCGUCUGUCUCCGAUUCGCCUACGUCUCCCGCCUCCUCGCGGUGCCGCGAGGCGGAGAAGAGAAGAGGCCACGACAUCGCCGACGAGGGCAGGAAGAAGACGAAGAGGAGACGAAGAGGACAAGCGUUUGCCGGUUCAGACGCGGAGGCGCGCGGGCCUCCGCAGUCGAGCACUCCCGCGCCUGUCGCCGAGAGUGGAGACGCCCGUCCCUCGGGCUCUGAGCCGCACGCGUGCGGGUGGAGACCAGGAAGCCUCAAGCCGCCUCUGCCCUCGUUGUUCGAAAUUCAAAAGAAGCGCAACGCCACCAAACACUCGCCAGGCCCCCUCUACGGCGGAGGAGCUGACGACGACGGCGCAGACGGCACGGACGGUGUCGUCCACCGCACUGCGCCUCUCAUGAGAUUUUGUUAUCCAGAUCAACUAGAGAUGAAACGCACGUACCUUCGGACGAGCGUGCGUCAACUGACCAAAGCUGUCUAUACAGCAGCCUUGCAGAUGGGAUUGCCGGGGCUUUCGGCACAGGCCAGCGGCGGCGCGGCGUCGGCCGCUCUCGACGCCGAGGAAGACGAGGCGCUUCGUGAGGAACAGAGCCGGGAAGCGCCGAAAGACGAGGACGAAACUCAAACGCAUGCGGCGGCGACGGCUCAGCUGGAUGCACAGACUCGCAAAGACGCGAAAGGAGCCGCGGGGUCCGACGAAGGCGGGCAAGCAGAAGCGAAGGAAGAACCGUUACCUUGGUUUCAUCCUCAGGUGGCUAGACGCUGGAACGGCUGCGAGGUGUUGCCGACAGUCCCUUCUCCGCCUUCAGGUCGUCUGGGGUAUCGCAACAAGUGCGAGUUUACGAUUGGAUACACACACGAGGUGGCCGAUUCGUACGAUGAGAAGAUGCACCAGUACAUUCGUCUCCUUCACGAGAAACAGAACUUGACGUCUCUCGUUCCGCAGUUGCAGCUGCUGGACGUCGACGGCGACGAGCCGUGGUGCACUGUUUUGCAGCACGAGCCCCGGCACUGCCUCGUGGCUGUGGCCUCUCGAGCUCGCCCGCAGGGGGGCGGCCCGCGAGCUCCUUUUUUGAGCGCUGCUCGCGGAACGGCGGGUGCGCGAACGCGCGAACCCGACACGAGUGAAGGCCCCCACGGGGCGGACGAGGGCACGCGCGGAGAAGCGAGACCGGGAGGCGCCGGAGACCGCCGGAGCGCGACCGCGGUCGUGGAGCCCAACGCGAGGGCGUUGGAGACCGAGAGAGAGGCGAAAGGUCGGGGCGGAGAAGAGAGCGAAACGCCAGAGGUGGCUCCAGAAGGGAACAAGGGCGAAGAAGCGAAAAGGCAGGUGGGACGACUGCUUGUUAGUAAAGAAGAACACGAAAACUAUCUGGAACAUCGCGCACGCGUCUGCGUCGGCUUCGUUAAGCGUGUCCAGGACCAGCAGCCUCUCGUGGCGCCUGCCUCUGGAAGUCUCCUGGUCAGCCACGCCAUGCAGGAGAUAUGCGUGGAGCUCCAGGCGAUCAUCCACCGCUCCCCGUUCCCUGUGUACAACCGCCGGACGCAGAAAGGUGUAUGGCGCCUCCUCAUGGUUCGGUCUUCUGAGGCGUACCGAGAACUUCUUGUCCUCGUCCAAAUUAAAUCGUUUUCUUCGCCGAACAACAAGCACCUGCGCUGCGGGCCGGCCUGUGCGCGAGACGAGCCCAAGGGCGACACGCCGGGUCAAGGACGAGGCGACUCUGUGGACGAGAGGAGAGGUUCCUCGCUCUUCUCGGAUCCCUCGAGGGGCGAAUCACUGAAGAAGGAAACGAACGGACUCCCAGAUUCCAGCGGUGACGCAGCAGAAAGAGUCGAGACUAAGGAGAAUGGCGAGCGGGGCGAGAAAGCUACAGAGAGCAAGGGCCGAGAAACAGAGGAGGAUUCCUGCUGUCGGCGCGCAUGCAUAAAGGCUCUCAUCGAUGGCCUAGCCAACAAACAAUUCGACGGGUAUACUGUCCGGUCGAUCUUCCUUGAAGAGAGUGAUGCUGCCUCAGACUGCAUCGAUCCUUCCCAUCCCACCGAGAAGAUUUGGGGCGCCGACUUCAUCACGCAAAAAGUUGCUGACCUGGAUUUUCGCGUGGGACCGCACAGCUUCUUUCAGACAAACUCGGUGACGUGCGCCCUACUGUAUCAGACAGCGCUGAACUGUUUGAUGCCUCUGCCGCCGCACACGCCCCUCGUCGAUGUCUGCUCGGGAACCGGUACGAUCGCUCUCUGCGCGGCUUCGGCGCUAAAGCGGGAGACAGCAGCGAAGGGUGAGGCGAAGGGCGAUCUAAAGCAAAGCUCUGGAGCCCCAGAGGAAGCGAAGGACGCCUCGGAAACUCGCGGAGCGGCCGUGCCUCGAGUUGUCGGAGUGGAGAUGGUUGAGGAGGCAGUGCGGAAUGCGGAACAGAACGCAGAGCGAAACCAGCUAGCCCAAGACGUCGACUUCGUAUGCGGCAAGGCCGAAGACGUCCUCCCGCGACUCCUCCAAGAGCGCUACCGCGGAUGCACGGACUUGGCUGCAAUUGUCGAUCCUCCCCGUGCGGGCCUGCAUUCUCGCGUCCUGGAAGCCAUCCUCGAUUUCCAACCCAUCAAGCGCCUCGUGUACAUCUCCUGCAACCCCGCCUCGAUGGUGGCCAACUGCGUCAAGCUCUGCACGCCCUCGCCGUCUAACCGAGAUCCCUUCGUCCCCGUUCAGGCUGUUCCGGUGGACAUGUUUCCUCACACGCUCCACUGCGAGGCAGUGUUGCUGUUGUCUCGUCAGUCGGACUUGGAGAACUGCAAGCGCGCAGUGGCGCAGAAAGCGAGGGAUUUGUCGGCGCCUGAAGAAGCGGCGGGGGCGGAUCGCGGACGUCCAGAGAGACAGGGAGACCAGGCAGCCGAGAGAGAACCCGCGAGGAGCAGCGGGGCGAGCGGGGAGAGCGGGGCGAGGACGCGGCGGCGCUCGCGAACUGGCGCAGAGAGAGAAGCGCUUUUCCAGCUUGCGUCGGAAGGUCCGCGCGAGGCAGAAGGCGAGACAGGCGCGCGAGGACAGCGAGGAAGACGCGCGCGAGGCGGAGGCCGAGGCCGGCUGCAGGCGAAGGCAAGUUCCCCGGAAAAGGACACCCCGGGAAGGAGUGAGCGAGGUCUGGGCGCAGAGGGGACAUCUCUGGCAGCGAUUUCUUCGGAGGCGAGCAACCCUCUCAUGCAGAGCUAG